CAAAGUUCCAAUACUUGAACCAUUGAAAAACGUGCGAGGGAACUGUCGAGGGAGGCCCCGCUGGAACAAGACGGCGAUAACGACUCCCAAGGGGAACCCCUGGAUGGAAUAAGAGAAUAUUUUCAUGCCCACGGUGACUAGCCCACACCUGGACGGAUGUCUCCUCAGGAGCAGACAAAGCAGUCAGUGUUGCGUUCCUCCAGAGGCCCACUAAAAGGAUUGCAGAUUUCCACCUGGUGGUUUGGGGACCCUUUGUAGUGUUCUGUCAAACACAGCGAGAUUGGAUCCCAAGAUGCAGUGAGGACAGAGAUGAUAACAUUGGUUGGUGUGAUUAAAAGAGGAGAAGAGGAAGAUGAGGAUGUAUUAGAAGAGGAAAAGAAGCAAAGGAACAUUCUGUCACGGCUCGGGAUCUGAAGAGUUACCGUGGCUUGUAAUCGACCUAAAGACAUUAAGAUGAACACAAGCAGAGUUCCACCAUCACGAAAACCACAGAAGGAAACCGGUCCGAGAGAUGUCGCUGCCUCUGAAGUUCAAAGUGUCACAGACAGACGAUGCAUAAGUCCAGCAGGUCACAUGUUGGAAGCAUGAAGGGAUCUCCAUCAUCCACUGAGACGGAGAAAAGAGGUCAUCAGAGGACACUCCCAGCAGCUCUUAUGACUCCUUGAUAACGAGAAGGAUGGCAUCUUGACAGAGGAGCUGUCGGAUGCCGCGUACUCUUGACGAAGCCGACUCUCUAAUGAAGGCCAGAGGACGAAAUGAUUCCCAUCAGGAAGUGACAGACUGGAUGGGAGCCAAGUCGACAGUACGCAGGAGGUUGAGGUACGCUCAGGACUGGUGCUCGCCUCACGCUGUCCAUCUGUCUGCUUUUAUUUGGCUUCAGGAUUCAUUCGGCAUCUAUGAUUCAAAAUAUAACAUCAGGCAGGAUAGGAAAACACACUAUGACAACCUGGCCCGUGACAAAGCCAGCGGCGUUCAUCAUCUCACACACACAUGCAACACAUCUGCAGCAUGAAAAGAGGAACUCGUGUCCAAGGAACAAGGAGGGGAAGUCACAUGAUGUUGACCUGUGGCCGCGCUGGCAUCGGGACUCAGGAGAGAAAUGAAGAAGGCAGGAAAAGGGGCUUGAAUGGUGGAGGCGGGUGCAGGCUCGCUUUCCACUGAGGGACAGCAUGAGAUGAUGGCGUCAUGUACGGCUAUUGUCCCCACCGGAAUACUUCAUCCGAUCGGACUCUGUCGGGAAUAUCAGAUCCCGAAUCCGAUCCAACACAAUCAAUUCCAACAUUUCUCAAGAAAAAACAUUUCUUCAAGACAACACUCAAUGAGUUGAUGUGUCUGAAGAAGUGAGCGGAGGUGUCACUCAGGAAGUCUUCCUCACGGCAUCCCCAUGAAGACGUUGUGCUGACUGACGAGGGCCUAGUGGAAAGGAUGCACUCUGGGAGAGGCCUCGGAGCUGCAAAGAGGCAACAUUACGACAGGGGUGACUAUUGGCUAAUCGAGUGCAGCAGAAUUAAUUGCAAUUCAGUGUCUACUGCUGCCAGUUCUGCUUAUUCCAAGCCAGCACUGGGGGUGAAGGAAGGAAGGAGGGAGGGAGGAGGAUGUGACAAGCACCAAAAAGCAGACUGCACCCCGCUGUCGGACCGGAUGUCCAAGCUGUCCGAGGCCCUGUUGUUUCACCUGACCGAUUCUACCACCAGGAGCACCAAGGGCAACGCAUCACACAUACGUGACAUGUCGGAAAACACAUGAUUGAAUAUCAUUCGCUGUUUGUUCUCCUCCGAGCGCAUAGUUCCUAUUCCGAGUGGCUGCCAGCGGCUCUUUUGUCUCACAUCAAAAACCAAACUUCCUCCCUCCUCCUCCUCGCUUUUGCGUUUGGGUCCACCUGCCUUCAGCACCGUGACAGAAGAUAGGAACUUUCAUUGAGUACAAAAAUAGAAGCCAACUUUCCAAUGCAAACAGAGUUGGAGCAUCGGGACAUUGGCGAUCCUUUUGACCUUUUUUUUUUUUUUACCAGAGUCCAUCAUUGCUCGUUUUCAAAAGAAGAGAGGAUUAAUAUCCUUUGAAACAAGACAGAGGUAAAGAGCCAAGAAGUGUCAUUAGUGUAAUUUAGUGAUGAAAUUGCUGAGGCCCAGAGAGAAGUGCAGAAAUCGAUUUCAGCAUCAGAGUGAAUCUGUUAGGAUGUGACUUCCAUAACACCGCUUCCUCUUCAAGAGACCAUACAAAUGAACUAUCCUAACACAUGGAUCCUUCAUAAAUCAACACACCAUAUCAGGAAGGAACCUCUUGUCAUCCUAUUCUACUACUUUCCUCACAGUGAGCUUGCUACAAAGAGAUGUUUACAUAGAGCUGCAUGGCCGAUCUCCUGCAGCCAAGUUUGAUGGUCCUGCAAUGUAGUACAGUCAAACAUAUUCUAGGCCACAUCAACAUUUACCAUAUGUAUUUUUUGAACCAGUAUCACGAUUGUGUUAGUAUUCUACGCAUAGACAUGCAUUACACUGAUCAUUUCAGUCAUGUUUUCUACGAUUUAAUGACAUUUUGACCACUCUUACAACCGCUUUUUGAUUCAUUUUUAGUACAUGACCGAAGCCGUCAUAUUAAAUCUGACAAAUUGUGACCCUUAGUUGUCUGAUGGAAACGAUCAGGUCAGAAAUGAAUUGAAUCACGGUGAGCGAGAACCUCUCAGAGGAGCGUCUGCUGCCUCUGCACAUGCAUCAUUAAUUAUUUCUCCCAUCCUGACACCCACACUCAUUUAAAACGCAUCAGCACUCUUGUCAUGUCACAACCCACAAGUGGUGACUCACCUGUGUGAGUUGAGCUGAGCUGAGCUCUCUCAAUACACCUCAAACUGGUUUUGUUUUAGUUCUGUUUGCUUUGAUGUGGAUUGGUCAAAUGGAAAUAAAGCAAGGGCCAUUCAUUCAAAGAUUCGAAUAACUGUCAUCAACACUGACUAUUUUUAUCUUUGUCAAGGUACUGCAUAGAUGACUGCUGGAAGGUCACAAUUAUAUAGCUGUAGUACCGCUUGAGCCCUCUGGGGGUCGGUAUAACAUAUGAGCACCCGACGUACCGCCAAUAAUAUGACGAAGAAGAAGACGUGCCUUCAAUGGAGGGAACUUUUGGCAACUGACAGAGAGUGUAAACAUCAGUGUGCUUUUUGAAUGAGUGGAGAAAAUUCCACAAGAGGCUCAUGGAGGGGUAGAAAUGGCGGCUGGAGAGGUGGAGGUUGGAGGGGAGAAGGUAAUGGUGGAUGGAGAGGAGGCAGAGGUAAUGGUGGAUGGAGAGGAGGAGGAGGAGGAGGAGGUAAUGGUGGAUGGAGAGGAGGAGCUGCAUGGAGAGGAAGGGGAGGAGGUGAUAACAGAGGGUCAGGAAGUCACAUCUCCAGCACACAGAGAAUCCUCCAUCAGGCUACUCUGGAUGUGCUGUGCCCUUACAAAGGAUGGCCGCUGUACUUCACUGAUGGAUUCAUUGAGAGCUCGCCCAGCGUGGAGAAGAUCAAAGUCUUUGAGAAGUAUUUCACCUCCAAAAUUCACCUCUACGACAAGGAUGAGAUUGAGCGUCAGGGCAGCGUGCUAGUAGAUUAUGCUGACUUGACCACCAAUGAGGUAGUGCGUGAUGCUCUUCCUACACUAACCACAGAGCUGAAGCAACAACCUGAGAUGAUCCUCAACUGUUUAGGAGUGGCUAUUCACCAGGUGCUCACUGUGGAUUUGGAGAAACAGGCUGCCGAGCUGCAAGGGGAGGAGCUUCCUGUGGCCACGCCAAUCAUCAACAUCCCUCACAUCAGUGCAAGGCUGUACAACUAUGAGUCCCUGACUCCGCUGCGCACGUUACGUGCCAGUGUGUUUGGGCAGCUGGUAUGCGUGAAGGGGACGGUGGUCCGAGUGAGUAACAUCAGACCUUUGUGCACCAGACUGGCCUUCAGGUGCAUGAUGUGCUCAAACACGCUCUCACUGCCGCUGCAACGUGGGAAAUAUGCAACACCCACCAAGUGUAACCAGCCAGACUGUCGCAGUCAUUCGUUCUCUGCCCUACGCAACUCUCCUCUUACACAAACUGUGGACUGGCAACUCGUCAAGGUGCAGGAGCUGAUGUGCGGUGAGCAGAGGGAGGCUGGACGAAUCCCACGCACUGUGGAGUGUCACCUGACCUCAGACCUCUGUGAUAGCUGCGUACCCGGAGACACUGUGACUGUGACGGGGAUCGUUAGAGUCACAAACGAUGGCACCUCCAAGAGGAAUCAGGACCAGUGCAUGUUCCUCCUCUACAUUGAGGCCACUUCAGUCAGCAACACCAAAGGUCAGCAGUCCAAAUCGGGAGGUCAGGGGUCCAGAGGGUCACAUGAGGAUCGUUCUGGAGGUGAAGAGUUUACUCUAAAGGAGCUCUACGCCAUCCAGGAGAUCCAGUCGCAGCCCGAUCUGCUUCGACUGAUAGUCCACUCUCUGUGUCCCGCCAUCUACGGCCACCUGGUGGUGAAAGCCGCGCUGGUGUUAGUGUUGUUCGGAGGCAGACAGAAGCACACCGAUAAGAACAGUGUCCCCGUCAGAGGAGACCCACACGUCCUGAUGGUGGGCGACCCUGGGCUGGGCAAGAGCCAGAUGCUUCAGGCUGUUUGCAAUGUGGCUCCGAGGGGAAUUUAUGUCUGUGGCAACAGCGCCAGCACUGCAGGACUAACAGUGAGUUUAUACAGAGAUCCAGGAAGUGGAGAUUACGCUCUGGAGGCUGGAGCCUUGGUCCUGGCCGACCAAGGUUUGUGCUGCAUUGAUGAGUUUGACAAGCUGGGCAGCCAGCAGCAGGCUCUCUUGGAAGCCAUGGAGCAGCAGACUGUGAGCCUGGCAAAGGCAGGAAUCGUCUCCUCCCUGCCAGCUAGAACCUCCGUGGUAGCUGCCGCCAAUCCCGUCAGAGGACAUUACAGCAGAGGCAAGAGUGUCUCUGAGAAUUUAAAAAUGGGUUCGCCGCUUCUCUCCCGUUUUGACGUCAUUUUCCUCCUCCUGGACAUCCCAGACGAGGCACAUGACCGCCUGCUAUCUGAACAUGUCAUGGCGAACCGGGCUGGCAAAGGAAAAACCAGCAGCACUGUGGUUGCCAGGAACAACAACAGCAGCACAGAGACCUCCAUCUUGCUGGAACACUCUGACAUGCCACUGUCUGAUCGUUUGAAGAUACCUGCAGGUGAAGCUUCUGACCCCAUUCCAGCGUGCUUGUUAAGGAAGUACAUCAGCUACGCUCGCCAUUACGUGCACCCGGUGCUCUCUCCUGAAGCCGCACAAACGCUUCAAGACUUCUACCUGUCACUGAGGUCUCAGUCGCUGUCUGCUGACUGCACACCCAUCACCACUCGCCAGCUGGAGUCACUCAUCAGACUCACAGAGGCGAGAGCAAGGUUGGAUCUCAGAGAGACGGCCACCAAGAGCGAUGCUGAGGAUGUGGUGGAGAUUAUGAAACACAGCCUCGUGGAUACGUACUCAGAUGGUCUAGGAAAUCUGGACUUUGAACGCUCCCAGCUGGGAGCUGGCAUGAGUCAGCGGAGCGCUGCCAAGCGACUCGUCAACGCCCUGCACACACAUGCGCAGCAGACCAAUCAGAAGCAGUUUGACCUUCAGACCAUUCGAUCUGUGGCACUGAGACUGAACAUAAAGGUGAUGGACUUUGACGGCCUGGUGAGUUCCUUGAAUGAACAAGGUUUCCUGUUGAAGAAAGGAGCCAAACUUUACCAGCUUCAGACAGUCUGACAACCACAACAGUAGACUGUAACAUAACAAAAUUCAUAAUUUUAAUUUAAACUGAAGUUUCAAUACUGCGGAGUCUUCCUAGAAAUAUUUGAAAUAUCAGUUCUCUCUGUUUACUUGCACUUUAUUUGUUACACAGUAAUAAAACACUAUA